GCCAUGUUUUGUUUUAUGAUUGUGCCAUUCUGUUAUGACCUACAGCUGAAUUUGAAACUUCUAGUCUAGAAGUUGUUGACGCCUUGAAAUCUGGUUGCUAAUGGCGGUUGCUAUGGACUCCGUUGAACGGUAAGUAGAAGCCAAUGGAUUCUGAGCCAUAAGUUUGCCCCCAAAAUAUUAAUAGUUCACGUUUGAUUUUAUUACGUUACUGGUUUUAGAUAGUUAUCUUUACACAAAUUUUAUAAGCCGAGCUGAAAUGGAGAGAACCGAAUCUAUUCACACGUUAAGAGCGGGCCGGGACGCCUGAGAACUUUUCUUCACGUACGGAUGGUUUCAUAAUUCAUACCUUCAGCCAGGAAAUAAAGGCGUUCACUGUGGAGUAACUAUGCCAUCAGAACAUACAAGGCUUCUUCGGAGGCCUUUACCACCUAGAAAUGCUCCCCCAGUUGUGAAAAGACUUCCACAUUUACUUUCAGGUCCAAUCGUAGACCCACUGCCCUUUAUUGAGAGAAAGGCUCUAAAGGACAGUGGCACAGAAUGGAGUGAGUCAAGCUGCCGUAUGCCUCCUCUUUUGGAUCAUGACCCUGGAGUCUCUGUGAAGGGCUUCCCAUGUAAAUCCCCACGCACCCUCCCCAAAAUCCCCCUCCUCGAUCUGCUUAAGACAGACCCAAAAUAUAUCCCACCCCCUCCUAGCUUUUGCUUUAAUGACUUCAUUCAAGAGCCUAAUGGAGAGGGUGAAGCACAAUCGCCAGAGGGCCAGAAGAAAGUGGCCCUGUCUCGCUUCAACUACAGGAAGCUGGUGGGACUUGUCCUGACAGACCUGCACAAAGGGCAGCAGACUGAGGUGUCCAAGCAGCUGAUGUCCACUGAGAAACUGCCAAUGGCCAAAACCAGGAUACCACAGAGGCAAAUCAUAUAUGAGCUGGUAGCAUUGAUCCAUAUGGAGGUGCGGUCCCAAAUGGUGUGUCGGAGGAAAAGUCUGGGAGAUGGGACCUGCAGGUUGGACCAGAGGUCUGUGGAGAUCUGGGGACCGCCAGAUGAAAGACAGGCUGUUCAGAAGCAGGAAAAUACAUACCCAGGAACAGAGGUUAUCUUGAACUCUGUGACAACUAAGCACUUCCAGGGCUCUCGAAGGACCCAUUCCCCAUUCAUGCCCUCUGUAGAGGCCAUCAGUCCAUCUGAGCUGGCCAUACUGGACUGUCUCACAGAGGGGGAUCCGGCACUCAGCCUUAAGGCCCAUUUCAUAGCUGUGCUUCCUGAUCUAAGCCCUCUGGCCCAAAGUCUGGUCUACCUGAACCUGUCUUUCAAUGACUUUACUGUCUUCCCUGUGGAGGUGUUUAAGCUGACACAGCUAGAGGUACUGAAAAUGAGAGACAACCCCAUAGAGGAGAUUCCUUCCGGCAUCCUGAGUCUUGUCAGGCUCAAAACCUUAGUGAUUUCCUUCUGCAAGAUUACCUCCCUUCCACCUGAGCUCUACCAGCUGCCCUCCCUGAAGUUCCUGGAUGUAUCCUACAACCUCCUUUCAUCUCUAACCAAUGACAUCGGAAAAAUCAGGACUCUGGAGUACCUGAAUGUGGAAGGGAACCAACUGUCGGCUCUGCCGUGUGGGGCACUGCUCCUCUCCCUAACCCAACUCAGGAUCUCCAACAACUACAUGCACCCUUACUUUUGGAAGAGCUGCAGCCAGAACUCACCCCAAACACUGCAGGACUCCGCCACCAAGGCCCUCUCUCUCACUGACCCCUGUCUGCGCUACACCAGCUUGCCCACUGAGGCACGCACGGCCCUUAGCCGGUUGAGUGUGUGUGACUGUUGUAGAGGCCCAAUGUAUGGUUCUGGACUAAAGGUCAUUCGUCCCUGCUACAAUAUCUUCGGACUACACAAGGUCCCCUUCAUCUUCUAUGCUUGUACCCCGGCAUGCCACUGGUACUUCAAGAACCAGACAGAGGGUCUCUCCAGUCUUCUGUAUGGAGAAGAGAUAGACACAGCUCACUAUUGAUAGUGAACAACUAAUUUGUCUGAAUGAAUGAACCAAUAGUAUGGUGACGGGGGAUCAUGAACAUUUACCAAUGCUGUAUCUUAACUAACGUGAAUGGACUAACUAUGACUAUAUUGGUUCAUUCAAAUUUACAAAGGCUUAACUAUUUAUCUGUACGGAUAGCCACAACCUCUUGACCUGGGUCUACUUACCA